AUGAAGAUUUUUAGCUGGAAUAUUAGAGGCAUUAACGGAAGUGGUCGUCAGAGGGUGGUUAGUAGUUGGUUGCAGAGUUUGGGCUCUUCAGUUGGAGCCCUUCUUGAAACGCAUGUACAGGAAGAAAAUUUUCUUAGUGUUUUGGGGGAGGUGGCUCCAGGGUGGAGAUUCGAGAGUAAUUAUUCAGAAGCCGCAGGAGGAAGGAUUUGGCUUCUGUGGAGACCGGCGUUAUCAGUGGUGGUAUAUUUGAAAUCUGAUCAGUUUAUCUUGUGUGGGGUGAUCGAUCCGGCGACAGGAAUGGAGUUUACAGUGGCCUUUGUGUAUGCUCACAAUACAGAGGCUGAACGGCGUAAUUUGUGGAGAGAUCUAGUCAUUUUAUCUAGCAAUCAUUUGGUGGUUGAGUCGCCGUUUUUAGUAAUGGGGGACUUCAAUCAAAUAGUGUCGGCAGCGGAGCAUUAUUCUUUGCUUCCCUAUGAUUUACCGGUGAGAGGGAUGGAGGAGUUUCAGGAGUGUUUGCAGCAGAGUAAUCUUUCAGACUUGGAUAUCAGGGGAACAUUCUUCUCUUGGUCCAACAAACGACCAGAAGACCCAAUUCUCAGGAAGUUGGAUAGAGUAUUGUGUAAUGAGAAGUGGAGGGACAGAUAUCCGGAGUCGGUCAGUAUAUUUGAAGCUCCGGGAGAUUCGGAUCAUUCGCCAGCAGUGGUAGAAUUCUCCUCAGUCAAUCAGAUAAGGAAAUGUAGCUUCAAGUAUUUUUCCUUCAUCUCGUCGCAUCCAAGGUAUUUGGCUGAGGUAUUAAAGACUUGGGAAGAGCCAAUACCGGUGGGUUCGAAACUGUUUUCCUUGGGGCAGAGACUUAAGAGGGUGAAAUCUACUUGUAGAAAGCUGAAUAAAGAGGGAUUUGGGAAUAUACAACAGAAAGCUAAGGACGCUCUUAACUCUUUGAAAGAGAUUCAAUUACAGUUGUUAAAUUUGCCCACGGACGCUUUAUUCCGUCAAGAGUUUGUGGCUCGACAGAAAUGGAAGCUUCUUGAAACAGCGCAGGAGAUCUUCUAUAGUAGGAAGGCAAGAGUGAGGAGGUCACAGGGUUUUUAA